GAAAACGAAGAUGAAGAUGCUACACCGAUUUAUAUCUAUUCUGAAGAAGAAGAAAGCGAGGAAGAUCUUGUUGAAGAUGAAGAUGGAGAACAGGAAGAUGAGGAUAUGGAUGAAGAUGAUGUUGGUGACGAUCAGCGUAGCACUGAGGAAUAUGAGCAUGAAGAAGAUGAUAAUGAUGAGGAUGAGACUGUGCCUGCUGUUGCCUCUAACAAUACUGACAGCAGUAGUACCAAAGAGAGAGUAACAGCUACAAUUCCAACACCUGGAAAACAUGCAUUAGAGAUGAAAGAGAAAAUUAGACAUCGUCCUCACAUACCAAGAUCUGAAGUCAGUGGAAAUAAGAGAGAUGUGGCAACAAACACAGCAAUCAGACUGCAAAAUGUUAAGAAAGAACCUCAAGACAAACUGAAGAAGACAACAAGCAGCACAAUUUCAACACCUGUGAAAUCUGCACUAAAGAUCAAAGAAGAAAAGGGUGUCGUUAAUAGCCUUCCUGAGGGUCUUCAUAAUAUAAAGCACCUGGAGAAGACUAGACAUCAUCCUGAGAUGCCAAGAUCUGAAGUCAGUGGAAAUAAGAAAGAUGUGGCAAAGAACACAGCAAUCAAAGUGCAAAAUGUUAAGAAAGAACCUCAAGACAAACUGAAGAAGACAACAACCAGCACAAUUUCAACACCCGUAAAAUCUGCACUAAAGGGUCUUCAUAAUAUAAAGCACCUGGAGAAGACUAGACAUCAUCCUGAGAUGCCAAGAUCUGAAGUCAGUGGAAAUAAGAAAGAUGUGGCAAAGAACACAGCAAUCAAACUGCAAAAUGUUAAGAAAGAACCUCAAGACAAACUGAGUCUUUCCUGUGAACCUCUGGCUGUGUCAGAUCAGCAAGAGCAUAAAGCUGUUCACUGCUCUGGCCACAAAGUAGCUGAUUUACAACCCAUGAGGCCAGAAGGGGAGGAACCAUUGCUGUUUGGGGCCCGGCUGGAUGCACAUGAUGGAACAGGACUUGCUUUUGCGAAAAGAGUGCUUGAGAAAGAGGUUCUCAAACUAGGACAAAAUGUGGAGGUGGCUUGA